AUGUCCUCAUCUCCGGCUCCGGUGUCCCCACCGGCGACAAACACCACAUCGCCCCCGCCCGCCGCGUCGACCACUACCUCGCCGCCGCCAUCCACUUCUCCACCACCACCAGUAGCCUCAUCUCCGCCGCCGGCAUCUUCUCCUCCACCACCCGUAGCGCCAGUGGCUUCUCCGCCUCCGCCGUCGACUCCAGCUCCAUCGACAUCUCUCUCGCCUCCACCACCGGCCAACGCGUCGUCGCCUGCCUCAUCUCCGCCUCCACCGUCCGCCUCCACGACUCCGAGCCCGCCUCCGCCUACCGGGACCUCCACGACCCCAUCGCCACCGCCUCCGUCGUCCUCGAGUUCUCCGUCGCCGCCGUCAUCAUCGACCACCCCAUCGACGCCGUCGAGUUCAUCAUCGAGUGUAUCGACAGGGCUUGUAGUUGGGAUUGCCAUAGGUGGUGUUGCGAUCCUUGUGAUUUUCAGCAUUUUGUUCGUAUGCUGCAGAAAGAAGAAGAGAAGAGAUCAUGAUUACUAUAUUCCACCACGACCACAUGGCCAUAAAGAUGACCCUUAUGGUCGCCCACCGCAGCAUUGGCAACAUAACAUUCCACCACCUGCAGAUCAUGUGGUCACAAUGCCACCACGAAAACCCUCUCCACCACGAAAACCCUCUCCUCCACCUGCAGUUGCAUCACGACCUCCACUCUCACCGGUGCGUCCUCCUACACCCCCACCUCCUCCGCCACCGCCUCUCAUGAGCAGCAGUGGAGGUUCUGGAUCCAACUAUUCAGGGGGUGAACCACUGCCACCACCUUCCCCCGGCAUGUCUUUAGGUUUUUCAAAGAGCACGUUCACAUAUGAAGAAUUAGCAAUGGCGACAGAUGCAUUUUCAAAUGCCAACCUCCUUGGACAAGGUGGUUUUGGGUAUGUGCACAGAGGAGUCCUUCCAAAUGGGAAAGAAGUUGCAGUUAAGCAGCUGAAAGCAGGAAGUGGUCAGGGGGAACGUGAAUUUCAGGCCGAGGUUGAGAUCAUUAGCCGAGUGCACCACAAACAUCUUGUAUCAUUAGUUGGAUAUUGCAUCGCUGGAUCCCAAAGAAUGCUUGUUUAUGAGUUUGUUCCAAACAACACCUUGGAGUUCCACUUACAUGGAAAGGAUAGACCUGCCAUGGAUUGGCCCACGAGACUGAAAAUUGCUCUAGGGUCUGCAAAAGGACUGGCAUAUCUGCAUGAGGACUGCCAUCCUAAGAUCAUACACCGUGACAUUAAGGCAGCUAAUAUAUUGCUGGAUUUUAACUUUGAGGCAAAGGUUGCAGAUUUUGGACUUGCAAAGUUUACUUCUGAAACCAACACUCAUGUAUCCACCCGAGUGAUGGGAACUUUUGGAUACUUGGCUCCAGAGUAUGCUGCUUCAGGAAAACUUACAGACAAGUCCGACGUUUUCUCAUUUGGGGUCAUGCUUCUGGAGUUGAUUACUGGGCGCCGACCUGUUGACUCAAGUCAAUCUUUCAUGGAUGAUAGCUUGGUAGACUGGGCGAGGCCAUUGCUCACACGGGCUUUGGAAGAUGGAAACUUUGAUACCCUUGUUGAUCCACGGUUGCAAAGGGAUUACAACAACAAUGAGAUAGCUCGCAUGGUUGCUUGUGCUGCUGCUUGUGUACGUCAUUCAGCACGACGUCGGCCACGAAUGAGCCAGGUCGUACGGGCCUUAGAAGGAGAUGUAUCCUUGUCUGACCUUAAUGAAGGAAUCAGACCUGGACACAGCACAGUCUACAGUUCUUAUGGUGGCAGCACAGACUACGACACCAGCCAAUACAACGAAGACAUGAAGAAAUUUAGGAAGAUGGCUCUGGGAACGCAGGAGUACGGAAGCAGCGAGUACAGUGGAUCAACUAGUGAAUAUGGUUUGAAUCCGUCUGGCUCAAGUAUCGAACAAACCACUCGAGAAAUGGAGAUGGGAAAGAUGAAGAAAGACAGUCGUGGUUUCAGUGGAAGCUCAUGAAAACUGAUACCCUGCUGUAAAAACCCCGUUUGCCCUAAUUUUUAUAUGGUAACUCGUUUGUUGAUUUGAUUGCAAAAAUGGCAUGUCUGGUAUGAGCUAACAUACAUUUUUUUUUUUUUAAACUGUUUUUUCCCCCUAAAAGAAUGGUUUUUCCUUGUAUCUAUUAGGUAUAUAAAACAAUAAUUGAGAUACUUGUUAUAUUCAUUUAUUUAAUGUUUGAAUGACAGAUAGCUUUGAUUUGGUGGUUCAAA